UUAAGAAACUCUUAGGAAGUAGGAGGGGAAAAAACUGCGUUGGUGACGCAUCGUAUUCUGGGCGUGGCCUAAGAGGCUUGUUCGGGCAAAGCACCUCUCACGUGACUUGCGAAUGACAACAACACCAACACGAAGUGGGUAUUUAAACGCAGCGUGUUGAGAAUUUAGACGUGCGCGUUCUGUUUACUAUCCAUCAUUUGUAUUUAUGGAGGAAAAAGAAGAUCCGUGGGGAUACAUCAGCGAUGCGGAGUUGCUGGACAUAAACUUAAUGCCUGAUCAUUGUGUGCCACAUCCAAUCAGCACGCAGGAAGAUGAGACACACUUGGGAAGCUCACCUGACAGAUGUAAGAAACCAUACACCAAUCCACCCAGGGACUUCAGUUGUCUGAACAGAAGCCCUGAAAAAGAAGAUGGCAUUAUCAGUCCACAGUACAGGUCCCGGCGGUGGCACCUGAGUGUUACACUGCUGUGUGAGCAGACUUGGUGUGAGAUGAAGAUGGUCUUUGGUCUUCUGAGGCCCCUGAUUAAACAAAACGAGAUGAAGAACCCUGCCGUGAUGGCUGGAAUCAGCAUACAUCAAAAGAGACAGCGUGAAAUUCAUGAUAUUGUCCCAAUCCAAACCCAGACGAGAGAGGACCAAGAAGCCAUCAAACUUCUCAAUGUAAUGAACAUGCUGUCACUGCUGGAGGAGGGGCAGUGUGUGCGGGAGUUCCCAGUGUUUGGUGUUCUGGAAGGCAUGUUCUUCAUGGGGGUCAUUGAUGAGCUGAGCCUUAGUACUGAAGGGGAGCUCGUCCUAACUGAGCUCAAAACACGCAAGGAAAACUCUCUUCCUGGAAAAGCUCAAGCCAAAGGUCACGACCUCCAGGUAGGAGUGUAUAAACUUCUGUUCGACGGCAUGAUCAGCGGGACGGUGAAAAGGAACGACAUCAUCCGGCACCUCAAACUCCAGCCCAAACGAGUGCUGGGAACGGCGGUCCUCCACCACGCGGGCGCCAUGGGCAUCGAGGAGGGAACCCUGGGAGGCCUGGUCGACCUGGUCCUGAAGACACUAACCUCCUCAAAAGUGGGACCCAUCCAGCAUCUGAAGCUGGAGUACGUCCACCAGGAGUCUGGGGCGCUCAUAGACAGCAGGCCUGUGCAGUACGAGGGGGAGGUGCUGAGGGGAGAGCUGAGGGAGUACCUGGGCUUCUGGAGGGGACAGAGGGAUGCCAGGGGGGUGGACGUCGAGGAGGCCUGGAAGUGCAAGAUGUGUCCCUUUCAGCAGAACUGCCAGUGGGGGAAGGACAUCAGUGGUGCUGCUACUGCUGCCUGUGGCAGUGGUGGUGGGGAUUCAGGCCAGGCAGAAAAUGAGGUCAAAUGAUGAGACUGGGUAGUCAAGACUAUGACAUCAAAUGUUAUAGGCUGAAGUGGGUCCAUAGAGAAAGCUGAAGGGGUUGGUGGUGAAACUGAUUCUGCACAUAGUAGACCAGGGCCAUGUCAUCAUCUUUGAAAGCCCAUCCCAUUUACUGAAGAAAUUGCUGCAGAGAGAGCUUUGUGAAUGGUUGUUAAGAUUCAUGGCUGAGCUUUGACGAUCCCUUAUCCCCUAUCUCCUAACACACCAGGCAAGAACAUGUGUAUUUCUGCCAUUAGGGAAAGUGAAAUCAACCUUGCACUAUUUCAUUUCAUUUUUAAUACAUAUGUACAUGUUUUAACUGAGCAAAUAGCACCAUCAUCUGACCUCUGGGCAGUCUCCACUCUAGACCACAAUAUCCAUUGUGAAGUAAUGAUUAUGCUUGCUUCAGGACAGGGAAUUUUUCGUCAUGAUUUUGGCCACAGCACUUAUUGAUAUGUCUGUGGCAGACUGUUGCUAUUACAUUUUCUGUGUAAGACGACAACAGAGGAGUAGUGCUUGUUGCGCUGAAACCAUAACAUGGAAAAAUGUUUUGCAAACGAUACAUAACUGCACUUUAGAGGAGAAAAAAAUACUUUUAUUUUUUCAGGGUUGUUCUGUAGUGCAAAAUGAUUGUUGAUUGUGAUUUAAUAAGCAGGAUAAUGCACAAGGAGGUAGUUAAAACUACCAUCUGAUAGAUUUUUGUUUUCAUAUAUACUUUCUGGAUUAUGAAGUUGCACAAAAUAUCAAAACAACUUAAAUUAAGAACGGCUAAGUCUAAUUGGCAUAUUACCCAGACCAAACUCAAACCUGGGUUCCUAUCACCAACUGUCCCGUACAUGGUAUGAGUGUUGGGACUUAACGCCACAGAACCCCAAAAUAAAGCCUCUAUAAUUGAUCCAGCAGCCUCUAUUACACCCUGUAAGUGUAAGGGUUUAGUCUAACAUUUUUUUUUAAAUCAUUUUUUGUGCCUUUAUUGAUAGGAAAGUUGAGAUUAUGACAGGAAGUGAGUGAGGAGAGAGAGAUUGGGAUUGAUUGGGACAUGACCUAAACCGGACUCGAACCUGGGUCUCCAUGGGUCAUCCAUAAACCCAAAUGUGGGGGGCUUAGUAGUCAAACAAUGCUGACCUUCUCACUGCACACUAAUCUCUUCCUCAUACUGCGCAAUAGACGUGCACUAAUCAACUGGCCAUGACUCGAUUAUGCUGGAGAUAAUGUUUAAUAAUUACGAUGAGCGUGGACUUGGUAAUAUUAUUUGAUGGUGCAGACAGAGCCAUUAUCAUUUGAUAUAAUCCAGAUGCUAGCGAGGCAAUGAAGCCUCCCACGUAAUCAUCAUCAGUCUGUAUUUGCCACUAAUGAAACACUAACUGCAUUGUGUUGGGACAGAAGUGGUAAAUGAGAGGCAUUGUGUUUGCUACUCUCUGACAAAUCAUGAAUAUAAUCGUUGUGCCAGCCAUUAUUAUUUGUGCUCAUUGCUCUCUACAGAAUAAUUGUUGUUUAUGGGAUUCUUUUGUUUUUGUUUUUAUGCAUUGGCUAGUAUUUCCACUAAGUUGUAAAUCAUGUGUCAUUUAAAACUGAACACACGUAUGUACGUACGUACGUACUGUAUGUGUAUGAAUCUACUGAUUUUGUGUGUGUUGCAUUUGCAUGUACUUUAAUAACACUUUUAGGUAUUGCAUUUUAUAACAAUGACAGUAAUAUAAUGUUUUUAUUUGAAUAAUUAUCAUGUAUUUAUUUUUGUUUAAGUAUGGUAUGCACUUUGGGACUAGUCUAUUACCAGGAGUUGUUUUCAAAUACAAAUCAACUUCACUGGACUAAGAGAGGAAUUUAAUAUAAUACAGUCUC